AUGGCAGAAACACUGGAGUUCAAUGACAUCUAUCAGGAAGUGAAAGGCUCCAUGAAUGAUGAUCGGCUGAGGUUGAGCUGCCAGGGCAUCAUCUUUAAGAACAGUAAGACUGGCAAAGUGGACAACAUCCAGUCUGGGGAGUUGAUGGAAGGCAUCUGGCGCCGUGUGGCUCUGGGCCAUGGACUUAAACUGCUCUCAAAGAACGGCCAUGUCUACAAGUAUGAUGGCUUCUGAGAAUCGGAGUUUGAGAAACUCUCUGAUUUCUUCAAAACCCACUAUCGCCUUGAGCUAAUGAAGAAGGACCUAUGUGUGAAGGGCAGGAACUGGGGAACAGUGAAGUUUGGUGGGCAGCUGCUUUCCUUUGACAUUGGCGACCAGCUGGUCUUCGAGAUACCCCUCAGCAAUGUGUCCCAGUGCACCACAGGCAAGAAUGAGGUGACACUGGAGUUCCACCAGAAUGAUAACGCAGAAGUCUUGCUCAUAGAGAUGCGCUUCUACAUGCCUCCCACCCAGGAGGAUGGCGUGGACCCUGUUGAGGCCUUUGCUCAGAACGUGCUGUCUAAGGCAGAUGUGAUCCAGGCCACUGGAGACGCCAUCUGCAUCUUCCGGGAACUGCAGUGUCUGACUCCCCGAGGGCAGUACGACAUUCGGAUCUAUCCCACCUUUCUGCACCUGCAUGGUAAGACCUUCACAAUCCCCUACACAACAGUGCUGCACCUCUUUUUGCUGCCCCACAAGGAUCAGCACCAGAUGUUCUUUGUGAUCAGCCUGGAUCCCCCCAUCAAGCAGGGCCAGACCCGUUACCACUUCCUGAUCCUCCUCUUCUCUAAGGAUGAGGACAUCUCCUUGACUCUCAACAUGAAUGAGGAAGAGGUGGAGAAGCGCUAUGAGGGGCGGCUCACCAAGAACUUGUCAGGAUUCCUCUAUGAGAUGGUCAACCAGGUCAUGAAGGUGCUGGUGAACCGCAAGAUCACGCCCAAGGGGAACUUCCAAGAGCACCCCGGGGCCCAGUGCAUCACCUGCUCCUACAAGGAGAGCUCAGGACUGCUGUACCCACUGGAGCGGGGCUUCAUCUAUGUCCACAAGCCACCUGUGCACAUCCGCUUCGAUGAGAUCUCCUUUGUCAACUUUGCCCGUGGCACCACCACGACACGUUCCUUUGACUUUGAAAUUGAGACCAAGCAGGGCGCUCAGUAAACCUUCAGCAGCAUUGAGAGGGAGGAGUAUGGGAAGCUGUUUGAUUUUGUCAAUGUAAAAAAACUCAGCAUCAAAAACCGAGGAUUGAAAAAGGGCAUGAACCCAAGCUACGAUGACUAUGCCGACUCUGAUGAAGAUCAGCACGAUGCCUACUUGGAGCGGAUGAAGGAGGAGGGCAAGAUCCAGGAAGAGAAUGCCAAUGACAGCAGCGAUGACUCAGGGGAAGAGACUGAUGAGUCAUUCAACCCAGGUGAAGAGGAGGAAGACGUGGCAGAGGAGUUUGACAGCAAUGCCUCUGCCAGCUCUUCUAGUAACGAGGGUGACAGUGACCGGGAUGAGAAGAACAGACAGCUUAAAAAGGCCAAGAUGGCCAAGGAUCGCAAGAGCCACAAGAAGCCUAUGGAGAUGAAGAAGGGCAAAGAUCCCAAUGCCUCCAAGAGGCCCAUGUCUGCCUGCAUGCCAUGGCUCAAUGCUAGCCGAGAGAAGAUCAAGUCAGACCAUCCUGGCAUCAGUAUCACAGAUCUUUCCAAGAAGGCAGGCGAGAUAUGGAAGGGAAUGUCCAAAGAGAAGAAAGAGGAAUGGGGUCGCAAGGCUGAGGAUGCCAGGAGGGAAUAGGAAAAAGCCAUGAAAGAAUAUGAAGGGGGCAGGGGUGAGUCUUCUAAGAGGGACAAGUCAAAGAAGAAGAAGAAAGUAAAGGUAAAGAUGGAAAAGAAGUCAACACCCUCUAGGAGCUCGUCAUCCAAGUCAUCGUCAAGGCAGCUCAGCGAGAGCUUCAAGAGUAAAGAAUUUGUGUCCAGUGAUGAGUACCCUUCAGGAGAGAACAGGAGCAAAAAGAAGAGAAGGUGGAGUGAGGACUCUGAAGAAGAGGAACUAGCCAGUACUGCCCCCAGCUCAGAAGACUCGGUGUCGGGAUCUGAUGAGUAGACAGGAGGGAAAUUCUCUCCUUGGGCUUGUCCUGUCACAGCCCCAGCCUCCCCACCCAUGUUUUUGUACCAGUUUCUCAUACGAAAUGUAGCCUUUGGAUUCUGUGCCAUCUGAACAAGCUC